CACACGCGCGUGCGUGCGACUUCUUGUUCUAACACUAGAUCCGCAAAGUCUGGCUUUUGCGAACAAAACGACAUGAUGUGGUGGCCGUUGAGGCGAAAAGAAGGUUCAGGCUUUUCAUCUUGUUCGACUGCAGAGGAAGUUACCGAAGGAAUCGAUGCCACUGCUGUCACUGCUAUCAUCACAGGGGCAUCCUGUGGUAUUGGUGCUGAGACAGCCCGUGUUCUUGCUAUGCGCGGUGCCCAUUUAAUUAUGGGGGUGAGAAAUAUGAAUGCUGCAAAACAUGUUAAAGAAGCAAUACUUAAGGAGAUUUCCACAGCUAAGGUUGAUGUCAUGGAUUUAGACCUUAGUUCAAUGGCAUCUGUUCGGAAAUUUGCAUCAGAGUUCAUUUCAUCUGGUCUUCCAUUAAACAUUCUGAUAAACAAUGCAGGAAUAUUUGGAACCCCUUUCAUGCUGUCUGAAGACAACAUUGAACUACAAUUUGCUACAAAUCACUUGGGUCAUUUUCUUUUAACAAAUCUGUUAUUGGAUACUAUGAAGAAAACAGCACAUGAAAGUAAGAAACAAGGAAGAAUUGUUAAUGUUUCCUCACAGGGUCAUCACUUCACCUAUCGAGAAGGCAUCCUUUUUGAUAAAAUUAAUGAUCAAUCAAGUUAUCAGAAAUUUCGUGCAUAUGGACAGUCAAAGCUGGCUAACAUUUUACAUGCUAAUGAACUUGCAAGACUUCUUAAGGAAGAUGGGGUAGAUAUCACUGCCAAUUCUCUUCAUCCAGGAGCCAUUUCCACCAAUAUUCAUCGUCACAACAGUGUGUUGACUGCCCUUCCAGGUGUAGUUAAUAUGUUGCUGCGUUUGUUCAUUAAAAAUGUCCAGCAGGGAGCAGCAACAACAUGUUAUGUAGCAUUGCACCCACAAGUGACAGGAAUUAGUGGCGCGUAUUUUGCAGACAGUAAUCUUUCCAAAGCAAACUCACUUGGAAGAGACACUGACUUAGCUAAGAAACUUUGGGACUUCAGCAUGAAUUUGAUCAAGUAGAAAUUCACAAUACUUGAUGUGAUGGCCAUUGUCGAUGCAGAUGGCACACAUCUUAGUGAAUGGAAAAAGUCCAUGAUAUUAUUAUGUAUAUUUUUCCAUUUUUUAAUGAGAUUCACAUUUUUGGUGGUCCUAUGCAAGGAAUUUACACCAACAUAUGUUGUUUCUUUUCAUAAGUAUUUUCUUUUGGAAUAACAUUGCUCUAGAUAGCAUCAAGCAUUAAACGUGACAAUCUCUCCAAAUAAAGAUUCAAAUUCAGUUUGUUC